AUGGCUGUUGAACCCACGUACCCUAUGCGGAAGCUCCGUACGGACGUGAAUCAGGCCUAUUUUCCAGGUGCUGGUGUGGCUCAAGACGGGCUCGAAUGCAUGCUCUCGGAAGCAGUUCACUCGCUCGUGGACACUGGCAACCAGGCGAUUCUGAUCUUGGGCUUGAAGCAAGCAUCGGGUGUGCCGCAUAAAAAGCACCAAUAUGGAUACACACGUGCUGCGUACUUUGGAUUGCUCAUCUCUGCGCUUGGCAUUUUCUGGUUAGGUUCUGGGGUGACGGUUGUCCACGGGAUCCAGUCGGUCUUGGAUCCUCCGAAAGAGCUUUUUCUUUCGCGGGAAGUGUGGGGUGUGCUAGCAGCUUCUUUUGGCAUUGACGGAUGGGUGCUGAAGCGGUCGGCACAGGAACUGAGGGCUUCUCAGCCCCAAGACAUGUCGUUUUACAAGCAUGUGACGCGGACAAAGGAUCCGUUUCUGAUGGCUGUGCUACUGGAAGACAUGUCAGCAUGUGUGGGUAUCGUUAUUGCUGGAUGUGGCAUUGGGGCCAGCCACAUUACUGGCAACCCGGCUGAAGUUGACUUCGAUGGGACAUUCUUUGCGGCGAAACUGCUGCGAAUGUACAAGCCGUUGUUUUUAGAGACAACAGAUUUUGAAAAGGGUUUGCCGCUCAUGCUUGCUUGGUACGCGGAGGAUGUGACUCGUCUUGUCGAGAAAGAGGUGCAAGAAGUAGAAGAGGUUAUUCGCGGCAUUUACCCCGAGGCCGCCUUCAUCGAGUGGGAGCCUGAUAGCAAAGAGUCGGAGACGCGUGCCGUGUUGAGUGUGCAGACAAAGUCUUCCCGUACGAGCGAGCGUGAAGCCAUGACGCGAGCGUUGGCACUGCUUGCACGGACAUUAGAGCGGAAGACAACAGGCGCUAAUCGACCAGGUACUACCGGCACGAGUGAGUACAUGUUCAGUGGUGGUACGUGUGAAGUGUGCAUUUACUUGUGUUCAAUUGGCGUUGGAAACUACGGGUAA